AGACAGCGCGCCGAUGGAGCGCACACACUGGGAGGCCGAAGUUCUCGCAUCUUUGGUUGCUAGGCAGUGGGGUUUGCCAAUCCCUAGGCUUGUUGCUGCGACGCUGCUGCUCGUUCCACCGGGAAAGCGUCUGUAGUAACGGGAUCUAGGAGGCACCGGAGACAAAUCUGCUGCUGAGAACCGUUCUCAGCUGUGCCCAGGACAGGAGGGCGCUGCGACCUCCUCCUGCAUCCUCACCAUAACACUACAAAGGAGGUCCUCGCACGGGAAGAAUGACUGCUGGCUCCAUAUUUGUACCGCAGAUUAUUCCACUGCGUGUUCCCCUCCCUGGUAAAGGGAAAUAUGAAAUAGAUACAAACACACCAAUUGAAAUCAAAUCAGACUCACCAAAUGUGUCCAUACACUAUACACUUGAUGGAAGCAAGCCAGAGUUACAUAGGAAAGUUGGUCACAUGGAGAACACCACUUUGAAGUAUCGAGGUCCAUUUACAUUGCCUGAUGGUAAAAUAACUGUUAAGGCUCUGGCUGUAAGCAGAGAUGGCAGAGAAAGUGGGACAGUGACAAAAGUGUUUAUUGUAGAGUACGUUCCUCCAGAUAUAGACUCAUCAGAUGAAGAUAACGGUGAGAACUUCCUGAAAGAACUGACUAAACAGGACACUGACAAUGUCUCAUCUCCUGCCAAGACGAAGAAGAAAGGUAGCAUUUUACAGAGAAGUUCUGCUUGGGAUGAUACUACACAAAGCUAUAAAGGUCAUGAAAUAGAUGGGAGAACCAGCCACAGGUCAUUGACCGGACCAAGAUUUAUGAAUAGUCGCCUAGGGAAGCCCAUCCAUGGAGAGGAACCAAUGUCUGUGCCUCAGACCCAGAGAUCUCAGCUGAAAGAUACAGCAGACCCAAUUGUUAGGAAGAGUCUGACCAGUACCCAGAGCAUGAGAAUCCAGAGGGAAACGGACUUCCUGAAGUGUGCUCACUGCUUAGCCUCUCGCCCAUCUGACCCAUUUGCCCGAUUCUGCCAAGAAUGUGGCUCUCCUGUUCCACCUAUUCCUGGACGUCGCCUACCACCACCAGAGGGCGCUCAGAUGGGGUUGUGUGUGGAAUGCAGGACCAUGGUCCCUAUGAAUACUCCGUCCUGUAUUGUGUGUGAGGCACCACUGUUCCCACAGAUGCAGCCACAAGCUACUAUCCAGCUGAAGGAUAAAACAAUCUGCCGUUUCUGUGGAACCGGAAAUCCCAUAAAUCUAAAGCAUUGUGUGACCUGUGAGGCUAAGCUGCCAGACACACAGACGCCAAUCUACAGUGGAGAUUCUGCACCGCCGAUACCUAACCAGAAGGGCAAAAUGCAGUCCUGUUCCAAGUGUGGGCGAGUGAACCUGGCUGAUGCUCGCUUCUGUGAUUGGUGUGGGGCAAAGCCUGGUCCCUCUGUGAGUUACCUGACCUGCUCCAAGUGCAGUGCAAACAACCAUCCAUAUGCCCACUUCUGUGUGUCCUGCGGGGUGUAUCUGGAGCCUCCAGGGAGACCUUACUCCCAGCCCAGCAGGAUGAUGAGGACUGCAGACCGCCUGACAUUAUCUGGGGAUGUAGAUGGCCGUGCUUCUUGGCAGCCUCUAUCAGUCUCAUUGCCAGACCCAAGACUGUGUACAGAGAAAAUGGAAAAAGGAACCCAGACAGUCGGCUUAUUUUACCCAUCCAGCAAACUAAUGGAGAAGAAGGAGCUGGAAUUGUUGUCAGAGAAGGAUAAGAAGGACAAGAUGAGUGAUCGCAAACCCCUUGUCACAGCAAUCAGUCCAGGCCGAGGCUAUUGGAGGCAGCAGCUGGAUCAUAUUUGCGCUCACCUACGCUGUUACACACAGAAUGACUCUGAUUUUAAGGCUUUAAUUGGAAAACCUCGGAUGGGAAGAAUUAUCUCAGCAACAAUGCAUGAGGAUGGUUAUGAAGUCAGCUUGAGGCUAAAUUAUGUUUUAGUAACAGACAAGGAUGCUGUGACUGGGAAGCCGAUGAGACUGUCCAGCGACCACUUCCUGAGCAAUGUGACAGAAGGCAGGGAUGAGCACUAUGAAAGUCACUCCAGUGUGGCAAGCGAGGAUGGGCUAAGUGCUAGAAGCAACAAUAUAAAAGCAAAACGAUCCAGGAGGAAGAAUAGAAAACCUCUACAGAAAGAAGACCGCCUUCCUCCUGAAGAUCGCAAGCUUCUCAAGGAAGUUGGGUCAAAGGGUGAAGGGAGGAUUUCUGCUGUAGAGGAACUCUUGGAUGAGGGAGCAGAUCCUAAUUGCAGUGACAAUGAAGACCGCCCUGUACUGACAGUGGCAGUACUCAAUAAACAUGACAAAGUCAUACCAGUCUUGGUACAGAAAGGAGCAGACAUAGACCAGCAGUCUGGGCCGCACAAUAACACGGCUUUGCACGAGGCUGUCUUGCUAGGCUUGGACGGGAAGAAAUGUACUGAAGUAUUGCUUGGAUGCAACGCAAGUAUAAAAAAGAAAAACGAUAAAGGUAUGACAGCCUAUGACCUGGCUCUGAAGAGUGGAAACGACCAGCUGUCCUCACUCUUUGCUUCCAAGAUGGGGCAAGGCAUGCUGGAUAAGCUGACUAAGCCAAGGACUAUCAGUCUGGAUGUGUUCUGAAAAGAUACUGAAAUCUUUAAUCACUGUGUUUCUGCAUUUACCAAUCUGUUGGGUAACAAAUUAUAGAUACCACAAAUUAUCUUAUAUUCUGCUUAAAAUAAAAAUCAGGAAAACACUUAUGUAUAUGUGGUUUCAUUUAAUUACAAUAAAGAGACAAUUUGUUUGA